AUGUCACCGGUGCCCCGCACGGCGAGCGCCGCGCGCAGUCCGCGCCGAGCGGCGGUGAGUGGUCGCGGGGCACAGAGCCCCUGCCUAGAUGCUGCCCGGCCUCCUAGAUGCACGCAACUACGGGUGUGCUGGCCGUGCGAUGCGACCGGCCUGCGUCCACGAGGCUGUGCACGGGGGCUGGGCGGUGGAAGAAGUAGUAGUCGCAUGCGCGGCGGGGGUGGUGGCAGGGGAGGAGGCGGCGGCGGCAGCGUCCGCGGCGGCGGAGGCGGCGGUGGCGGCGGCGGCGGCGGCGGGUGCUAG